GUGUGUGCAGAGAUGCAUUGCCGGCAUUACAGGACUAUCACGCUGGCUCGGACUCCCCGAACAAGUAUUCAUCACCGAGCACAAACAGAGGGCGCUCAGCAGCCGAGACUUCGUCGUUCCAAACGUCGUGCACUAUGUCUGGAUGCAGGGACCCGACGACGCGGUGCUGCCGUUCUGGCGGACUCUUGGUCCGAUAUCCGUAUACGAGAAUCUUCGGCCGGAUCGUAUGAUCAUUCACGGCGACAAGAGGCCGACGGGUCGCUGGUUCGACGAGUUGUUCCGCAUCAUUCCGAUACUGGAGUACGAGUACUACCCUCUCGUAGAGGAGGUAUACGGCCUUAAGCUCGGCCACAUCCACCACAUCGCCGACGUCGCCCGCAUAGACAUCCUUCACAAGUACGGCGGAAUGUACUUCGACUUGGACGUGUUCGUAGUUCGUCCGAUGGACGCGCUGCGGCGCUACGACUGCGUCGUCGGCAUCGAGACCGGAAAUAACGUCACGAGGGGGCUCGUCAACGCCGGCGCGAUCGUGGCGCGACCUGGUGCUAGGUUCCUCGAACUAUGGAGGGAAGGCUACCGGGACUAUCGCGAAGCUGGACAUCUGUACAACUCGGGUGAAGUUCCGACGGUGCUGCUGCGAAAGAACCCCGAACUCGUGCGAGUUUCGCCUCGCAUAUGGCACGAUACUAACGGAACCAUAUUGAACAAGGCGAACGUAGACCUAAGCGGUUUCUAUGCGUAUCACAUCUGGGGUCAGUUGUGGAAGGGAGUGUCUAACGCCAAGUUGUUUCACAUGAAACCCAACAAGUAUCUUAAGUACAACAACACUCUCUCUGCGAUCGUAAAACAAUACUACAUCGACAGAAGGCACUGAGUACUGGGAAUUAAAGGAUCAGAAGCACUAAAUACCGGAGAACAUUAAAACAUUAGCCCUACCUAUGUGGAUUUAUUGCCACCAUCAUACAACGUGAAGGCGCAUUCGGUCUUGGUUUUGUUAUAUAUAUAUAAUUUCUUUCAUUCUUAAUUUCGGGAGAAAUGAUUUUUCGGUAGAGAUGAAAGAAUUAUUGUAUUUCAGAUGCAGCUGAUAGAUAAAUAGAGAGAGAG